GCUGGUCAAAAGUGGAAUUGUAGUCCUUUAGUACUGUGCUUUUCCCACCUGAACGGGCCAGACAUGAGGCAAGAACGGAGCAGGACACGCGUCGGGUCCUUGAUAUACGUCCAGGACUGUCUAUCGAGCAUACUGACAGCCUCAAAAUGGUGUUUGGAAACCAUGACAGAAUGGACCCGGCCUGGCCUGCCAUCGGCUCAAUUGCCCCCUGCCAGGCCCUGCUUUUACCAAGCGCAAAUAAGAAAUGCUGUCCUUUUUCCUCCGUACUAUGGCUGGACCAGCGGAGGUCCGCAGCAUCAUUGUAUGUACGAAGUACCUUGCUUUUUUGGCAACCCAACAAUGAAUCUUUGUGUUACACGACUUACAGCCAUUCCAUUGCGAUAAGGGGCAAGCCAUCAACAUGGUGUAGUGAGAGGUACAAGAUGUCAUCGUCAUUGACAUGGAAUUAAGCGUGGCAAUCAAUGGUGUGGUAGCUAAUUUUAUAUCGCCAAUUCUACAUGCAGUGACUGUCGGGCUGUCUUGAGGUGCGCCCCUGAUUGCGAUAGGAGGCAUCUGGCUAAACCAAGCGGUAGCCUCCCACCCCCGGAAGUACUACGGUCCCUAGUAUGUACUAUAGUAGCAGUAGGACUCCGAGAGUGCACCGUAAGGAAGAUGAACUGAAAGCCACACAUUCUGCCACGCCGCCCAUUGCCGUGCCCAUAGAGGUACAUGAUUUGCCCAUACUAGUACAGCACUCACAAUGUACACUGUUUACCUGGCUAAGAGUAGUCGCCACCUUGUCGUUGUUCCAGCCUUGUAUGCUACGAGGAAGUUGAAAUUGAGGAGAGGCUCCCCUGCCAAGAAGGCCCCUAAGUCACUCCCUCCAGUCCGAUAACGCGAAUUGCGGUGCCCGUGCGUAGCUUAUCGACUUUUUUUCCCGCUGGGGUUGUCGCAACACUGUAGUGGAGAGAUUCAGACACCAAACACCUGUCUCUUUCAAGGUUGCAACAACCACGGAGGAGUUAUCCUUGUGAUCAGUUUGUCGCAUUUCAUUUUCCUGAACAUAAUCCUGUUCUGCACAUUUAGGUCUACACGAUUCGCUUGACUUCAGACCCAACCUUUCGUCAGCAACAUGUCGGAAAUUUCAGUCGAUGUCCUGGUCAUCGGUGCAGGCCCAACCGGCUUGGGCGCUGCGAAGAGACUUAAUCAAAUUGAUGGACCGUCAUGGAUGAUUGUCGACUCGAACGAGAUCCCCGGUGGACUGGCUUCGACGGAUGUGACCAAGGAAGGCUUCCUUUACGAUGUCGGCGGCCACGUCAUUUUCUCUCACUACAAAUACUUCGACGACUGUAUCGACGAAGCACUGCCCAAAGAAGACGACUGGUUCACACACCAGAGAAUAUCGUAUGUGCGAUGCAAGGGUCUCUGGGUGCCAUACCCUUUCCAGAACAACAUCUCGAUGCUGCCGAAAGAGGAACAAGUCAAGUGUAUGGAUGGCAUGAUCGACGCUGCGUUGGAAGCAAGAGUGGCCAACACGAAACCCAAGAACUUCGACGAAUGGAUCGUACGUAUGAUGGGUACUGGAAUCGCGGAUAUCUUCAUGCGGCCAUACAAUUUCAAGGUAUGGGCUGUACCAACCACCAAGAUGCAAUGUCAAUGGCUUGGAGAGCGCGUGGCUGCCCCUGACCUGAAGACUGUGACCAAGAAUGUGAUCUUGCAAAAGACGGCCGGCAACUGGGGUCCCAAUGCGACCUUCAGAUUUCCCGCGCGAGACGGCACCGGUGGGAUCUGGAUUGCCGUUGCCAACACUCUGCCAGCGGAGAAGAAGCGUUUUGGAAAGAAGGGUACCGUGAAGAAAGUCAACGCAGACAAGAAACAGGUCAUACUGGAGGAUGGUACCACUGUGCGCUAUGAAAGACUGAUCAGCACAAUGGCCAUUGACUUCCUUGCCGAGGCCAUGGAAGACGAGAAGUUGAAGGAACUGUCCAAGGGCCUGUUCUACAGCAGCACUCAUGUAAUCGGCGUCGGCAUUCGCGGCUCUCGCCCGGAGCGGAUAGGCGACAAGUGCUGGCUCUACUUCCCUGAAGAUGACUGUCCCUUCUACCGAGCGACCAUCUUUUCCAACUAUUCGCCAUACAACCAGCCAGCAAAGGACGUCAAGCUGCCCACGCUGCAACUCGCAAACGGAUCCAAGCCACAGAGCACGCAAGCCCAGGAAGGCCCCUACUGGUCGAUCAUGCUGGAAGUGUCUGAAUCAAGUAUGAAACCUGUCAACCAGGAGACUCUUCUCCAGGAUUGCAUCCAAGGAUUGGUCAACACCGAGAUGCUGCGACCAGAGGAUGAGAUUGUGUCUACCUACCACCGCCGUUUCGAUCACGGUUAUCCGACCCCGACGUUGGAGCGCGAAGGAGUGCUGAAGCAGGUGCUCCCUGCUCUCCAGGAGAAGGGUAUCUAUAGCCGAGGUCGGUUUGGCUCCUGGAGGUACGAGGUUGGCAACCAAGAUCAUUCAUUCAUGUUGGGAGUGGAAGCCGCAGACAACAUUGUCAAUGGUGCCGUCGAGUUGACCUUGAACUACCCCGACUUUGUCAAUGGUCGACAAAACAACGAACGCAGACUGGUAGAAGGAGCGCAGUUGUUUGGGAAGAAGGGCAAGUCUCAUCAGGAACAAAAUGGAAACGUCGUUGCCGGACGGCGUAUGACCGGCGGAAAAGCAGAAUUGGGAGGCCGACUGGAGACCAGCAACAAGGAGGCCCUGAGCGCGAGCGGCGGGACCGCGACCGCGGGCAAGGAUGGUAACACGAGAAUCUUGAACCGCAACUGGUAAAAGUUGUCCCGUUUGCCAUUCGGGGAUUGGAGUUCCACAUUGCACACUUAUCUUCAUGUUCAGACCAACGAGUUGGGCCGGCGGAAAGACAGCAGAGGUAAUAUUACGGUGGUGCUGGGCUGUUACGGGAGACUUCACGAGGCCGCAAGGACAUUGGCGCCCGUUCAAGUUUGUUAGAUGUGUUUCCUUGAGACGUGUAAAAAUACCUAGAUCCGGGAAUGUCACUGCGAUAGAUCGCACAGCAUGUUUCUGUUUCCCUAUUGCUGGAGAUAGAGACGGGUUUCGAGUACGACCAUGGCUGCUUUCCCUUUCUUACCUAGGUACAGUCAUCAAUGUUCAAGUUGUACUGGUAGAAAUGACGGGUUCGUCAUCUUGUGUCCAGACUGCCAGUGGCCACAACACGAGUAAGACCCAAGAUUUUGCAUGACCCA